CCAGAUCUCACUUCCUAGUUAAAGAUGGCGGAUGAGAAUGAGACAGCACCGAACCAGGAGAAAGAAACGGAGGUAGAAGAGGACCAUGGACACUGCAGCAAUUGUGAAAAUGAAGAACAUCACUCUGAUGAUGGGGAAAAGGGUGACGCAGGUGCCAAGAAGAAGAAAAAGAAGCAGAAGAAAAAGAACAAGGACAAAUCUGGAAGCACAGAUGAAGUACAAGAUCCGCUGGCCAAAGUAAACUCCCUCCCUGCCGAUAAGUUACAGGAAAUUCAAAAGGCCAUAGAGCUCUUCUCAGUGGGUCAGGGUCCAGCUAAAACCAUGGAAGAGGCCACACGUCGCAGUUAUCAGUUCUGGGACACUCAGCCAGUUCCUAAACUUGGAGAGACUGUGACAUCACAUGGCUGCAUUGAAGCAGAUAAAGAUACCAUAAGAGACGAGCCAUACAGCCUCCCACAGGGCUUCGUCUGGGACGCUCUUGACUUGGGAAACGCUGCAGUGCUAAAAGAGUUGUACACUCUUCUCAAUGAGAACUAUGUGGAGGACGAUGACAACAUGUUUCGUUUUGAUUACUCCCCAGAGUUUCUGCUUUGGGCUCUGCGUCCUCCAGGCUGGCUGCCUCAGUGGCAUUGUGGAGUGAGAGUGAACUCCAAUCAUAAGCUAGUUGGUUUCAUCAGUGCCAUUCCAGCCAACAUUCGCAUCUAUGACAUAGAGAAGAAAAUGGUGGAGAUUAACUUUCUGUGUGUGCAUAAGAAACUUCGCUCGAAACGAGUGGCUCCGGUACUUAUCAGGGAGAUCACCAGACGGGUCAACCUGGAGGGCAUCUUUCAAGCUGUGUACACUGCAGGCGUGGUACUGCCCAAACCUGUGGGCACCUGCAGGUACUGGCAUCGAUCACUGAACCCACGAAAACUGAUUGAGGUGAAGUUUUCUCAUCUGAGUAGGAACAUGACUAUGCAACGUACCAUGAAGCUCUACCGGCUACCAGAGGCUCCCAAGAGUUCAAGCCUGAGGCCGAUGACAGUUAAGGACGUGCCAGUGGUGCAUCGGCUGUUGAAGGAGUACCUGAGUCAGUUCCACCUGGUGCCUGUCAUGAGCCCAGAGGAAGUUCAGCACUGGCUACUGCCUCAGGAGAACAUCAUUGACACCUAUGUAGUGGAGAAUCCAGAGGGGAAAAUUACUGACUUCUUGAGUUUCUACACACUGCCGUCCACCAUCAUGAACCAUCCUGUGCACCGCAGUCUGAAAGCAGCGUACUCCUUCUAUAACGUACACACCACAACACCCCUGCUGGACCUGAUGGGAGAUGCUCUCAUCCUUGCCAAGUCGAAAGGAUUUGAUGUCUUUAAUGCACUGGACCUAAUGGAGAACAAGACAUUUUUGGAGAAGCUCAAGUUUGGCAUUGGAGAUGGAAAUCUGCAGUAUUAUCUCUACAACUGGAAAUGUCCCAGCAUGGGCGCAGAAAAGGUGGGUUUGGUACUGCAGUGACCCAUUUUACCAUCAGUAACCUCGGUCUCGCAGUGAGUCCAAGUUAUGACAUCACGCACUGACCACCUGCCAGAUGCUACUAAUGGACUUCCUGCUUCAGGAUGAAGAAUUCACCGCCCAUUUGAACUUUGACCUUUUGGACCUGCACUACUGCUGCCAGGAUGAGAGAGGAUUUGAUUGAUAAUAUUUUCUCUUCCCUCUCUCUCUCUCUCUCGCUCGCUCCAUCUUUCUUUUUCUUAAACUCUCUCUGCGCAUGGACCCAAAGCCAUUGUAAUUACCAUCAUCAGAGAUGAGGAACUUUAAUCUGUUAUGAUUGUUAUUAAUGGCACGCACACACAGACACGCAAACCCACCUAUACAUAACUACCAGACACGCUCCCAUAAGUGUGGUCCAACUCAUUCAUUGUAACACUCCCUGGCGUGCGGCAGGUGCUUUUGCAAAAAAAGAAUGAAAACUUUCAUUCACCUCAGUGUUUUAGACAAGAAUAUAAUGAAACAAUCAAAAGACAAGUGAACACAAAUAACAAAAGUCAAGUGAGAUAAUAAACACCCAAAAUGGACAUGACAAGGGCUGCUGUCAAUGAUUUUCUUUGGUCGUUUUCUUAGAUGUUGCCAUGGAAACCGUCUCUUCUUUCUUUUGACAUACUUUGACCAAUCAGUGCGGUACGCAGUGAGAAAUCUAUUUGUCUUGGUUUUGCUUUGUCAUUGCUUUGAGUCUUUCGUCUCUAAUCGGUUCAUUGCUUAUUCGACUCUUAACUGCCUGUGAUUUCCUCUCAAGUAUUGCCAACAUAUAAGCACCUAUGUAAAUAACUAAGGAUACAAGAGAAAAACCUAGAAGAUCUACAAGUUGACAGUGAUUAAAUCUACAUUUUACAGCUGGCAGGUUAAGGGGUUCGAAAAUUAGCAAUAACUAUGUUUUUGAGAAAACUGUUUUGAUCGGGGUGGGUGGGAGGUUGGGCAAAUGCGAAGAAAUGUGUUAAGAAUGAAUUGUGAUGUGUCUUAGAAAAUAGAUUUUGCCAACUCAAAGUUUGCUCUAAAGGAUGUGUGAAUAUCCUAACUAUAUUUACACUUUAAAACUUAUUUAUGACUGAGGUUCAGAGCUGCGGUGUCAUUUUAGGAAACAGAAGAACAUAUAGUACCAGAGCAGUAAAGAUCUGUGAGUAACCGGCAGUAUCUACUCUAAACUUGUGGUAUUCAUAGUUAUAGGGUAAAAGAAGAGGGAUUUGAGGAAACUGGUUGUGUAUGUACAAUGGCAGCGACUAAAAUCGGGUCUUUCAGCUUUUAUGAAAUGAGUGAAAGAUGUCAACAUGUAUAUUUUUUGUGCUAAAUAAAAAGUAGCAGCUGC